CGAAUUUAUUGAUCCAUUACCCACCUGUUUUAUUAUCUUUCCUACGCAACAUCGUUCAAAAAUUUAAAUUAAAAUUCAACCUUCGUCCGACUAACUUCGGCGAGUAUUUGCUUGACCCGCUGCGUUAUUCUCGCAAAUUGGUUUUUGAAUUUUUUAGCUACAAUUCUCGCUUUUAUUUUAAUGAAGUCUCUUAUUUGGCGAGGUUUAAUUAUCGAAAACUGCUCGAAAAAAUGCUUCGAUUCAUCCUAGUGUCGUGCCUUUGUGCCAUCUUGGUGGAGAGUCGCCCUACCAUGUACAGGAUGAAGGAGAACAAACUGCUGGAGCCAGAUAUGAUACCGGUUUCCUCCACUGUGAUUCCCCUUCCUGUGUAUAAAGUAAGUUAUGGAAUCGACGUUUUGCCGGAAAAUGGUGGAAAAUUGAUGAAGCCGGACGGACCUGUCCAACUCGAAACAGUCCAUUCGAAGAAAAAGUUUAUACCCAAAUCGAAGUCCAAACAUUUAACUGACGUGUCAUCAGUCAAACAAAUAUACUAACAACAAGAAGACAAUACUUUUGUUCCGUUAACCGAC